UUUUAUUACCAUAAAGAAGCCUUUUUUGUUCCUGAAGCAGGGGCGGACUGACCAUUCGGAAACUCGGGCACUGCCCGAGGGCCCGGGGUCAGUAGGGGGCCCCAUAAGAUGCCCCUGGUACCUUUUUCAUAGGCUUUUUUGAGUUUGGGCAAGGACACAGGGGCCCCAUGAUCCCCUAUUGCUCGGGGGCCCCAUGAGUUGUCAGUCCGCCCCUGUCCUGAAAGUGAAAUCCCAAAAUCUCAAAUUUUGGCUCCAGAACAGGAAUUAUGGGAAAUUUUCCAGCGGGGACAUGAGUUCUGUUGCCUGCCAAGGAUUUGCUUUCACUUUCUGUAUUGGCUAUGGAACAGGAAGUUAAGGGAAAUAUCCCCAAUGAGACA